AUGCUUCCCCAAAGAUUUCUUCAUCAUUUGCCCAUUGAAUGCUUCCCCAAAGCUUUCAUCAUUUGCCCAUUGAAUGCUUCCCUCAAUGAUUUCUUCAUCAUUUGCCCAUUGAAUGCUUUCCCAUUUAAAAGCUUUCUUCAUCAUUUACCCAUUGAAUUCCCCAAAGCUUUCUUCAUCAUUUGCCCAUUGAAUGCUUCCCAAAAAGAUUUCUUCAUCAUUUGCCCAUUGAAUGCUUCCCAUUUCAUUUACGUAUCGAAUGCUUCCCAAAGAGCUUUCAUCAUUUGCCCAUUGAAUGCUUCCCCAAAAUUUCUUCAUCAUUUGCCCAUUUGCUUCCCCCCAUUGAAUGCUUCCCCAAAGAUUUCUUUCAUCAUUUGCCCAUUGAAUGCUUCCCAAAGAUUUCUUCAUCAUUUGCCCAUUGAAUGCUUCCCCAAAAGCUUUCUUCAUCAUUUACUUAUUGAAUGCUUCCCAAAAGCUUUUUCAUCAUUUGCCCAUUGA